AUGCGGUCCGUUAUCUACGCACCAGCGCCAUCAUCAGCUCUUCUUAAACUCCUCCAGGCGCAAUCCGAAGCCGUCUGCUUCUUCUCUCCCAACCAUCGACCUGGCUCGAUACUCGACCACGCUACGAUUGGAGGCUCCCUUUCCCAACCUUGGCACCCAGUAUUCGAGACUCUAAAGACAUCUACUGGAUGUAUUUCGACAACGGUGCCGCGUCAUACAACUCUUGAGGCAGGCUUUCUAAAUCUAGAUUUUUUAUGGCCUCGUUCAAAUCCCUCGACUGUACAUAUACAAUCAGCCCAAUGCCGGACAGCAUCUAGAAACAGAGGACUGAAUGAUGGAAGGGUGUUAUUAGCACAUCGUAAAGCUUCAACGGGGUCGAGGAGCUGGCUUCAAAGGCUAUGGGGCACGAAAUCUUCAAAAGGAGGGAGACCCCUACGACCAGACGAUCUUCCCACGUCGUUACGGGAACGAGAGGACGGAGCAGAUACCUCAGUAUUUAGUCUUGGAAGGGUGGUGUCUGCCAAAGCUGCAGCGCAACCGAAGUUGCGCUGUACGGAGAUUGAUGAGAGUGGAAAUGUGGUUCUGACGAGUGGGGAGUUCAAGAAGAGCGAGCUGAUUGCAAAGUAUGGACUUCUUCCUCGAGAUCUACGCAAAAUCGACUCAACUCUCCUUCCGCAUAUCCUCGUUCGCCCCUCCGCAAUCCUCAUCAACCUCCUCCACCUCCGCGUCCUAAUAAAAUCCAACCGCGUACUCGUCUUCGAUGCCUAUGGAACCACAGACUCUUACAACCAAUCCGCGUUCAUUUACGAUCUGGAAGACAAGCUCCGGCAGAAACAGAACUCAGCUGCAGCUGGAGGUUUACCCUACGAAUUCCGAGCACUAGAAGCAGUGCUCGUAUCAGUAAUAACAAGUUUGGAGACCGAAUUCGAAGGCGUGAGAGAGCCAGUUGUUCGAGUAUUGAGGGAGCUGGAAGAGGAUAUUGAUAGAGACAAGCUGCGACAUCUCCUCAUCUACUCCAAGAAACUCGGAACCUUCGAGCAAAAAGCAAAGCUAGUCCGAGACGCCAUUGACGAGCUACUUGAAGCAGACGAUGAUCUUGCAGCCAUGUACCUGACCGAAAAGUCCCACGAUUUAGUUCGUGGGGAAGAUGACCAUACCGAAGUCGAGAUGCUGUUGGAAUCAUACCACAAACUCUGUGACGAAAUCGUCCAAGAGUCCGGGAAUCUGGUCUCCAGUAUCCGUAACACGGAAGAGAUAGUAAAAGCCAUCCUCGACGCAAACCGCAACUCGCUCAUGCUCCUGGACCUUAAAUUCUCCAUCGGCACCCUCGGAAUCGGCUCCGGCGCUUUCGUCGCCGCACUCUAUGGCAUGAAUCUGAAAAACUUCCUCGAAGAAUCCAGCAUGGGCUUCUGGGGCGUGACGGGUUGGAGCAUCAUCUUCGCAGGCGUAGUCUGCACAUACGGCCUCACGAAACUAAGGAAGGUGCAGAGGGUCAGUAUGUGGGGAGAAGCGGGGCGCAAAGGCAGGAACUGGAGGGUUGCGGAGGAUGAUCUGGGGGUGGGGCGGAGGGAACGUAGUGAGAGGCAGAGGAGGUUGAAAGAGGAGAGAUCGGGAGCGUUGGAGGAGAGGAGGCAGAAGCAGCAUGAGACGGGGGUUAUUGCCGCUUCGGCUGCGCACAGGAUGAACGCCGCCGCGAUGGCUAGGGAGACUGCUGCUGCAGCGGCGAGGGCGAAGCAUUGA